UAUAAAAUGAAAAUCUAAACUAUUACCAAAAUCUCUUGAAUUUCCUGGACUUUAAUUAAGUUAGAAGAGGAAUUUCAAAUUUAAGCACUGAAUAAAUCUAAAAUCAAUACUUUGAUUAAUAAAUAAAAUCUAAUUUGCUCUAUCUUUAUCAAAUAAAAUUAAAUAACUUGAAUAACCUUGAGAGUUGCCUUCAAUUAUGAAUAAAUAGAUCAGAAAAUGUACUUAAAGGAUUAGAGCUUCUAAGAGAAUCAAUAAACAACAAGAGGGUAAUAAUCUCAAUAAUUAUAAUUAAAUUAGGAUUGUAAUCAAGAGACUAAAGAAUGGAUCUAUAUUUAUAAUUAGAAAUGAAAAUUGAAAAUAAGGAAAUUAUAAAUAGAAAACUAAUAAAAUUGAAUAUGAAAAUCUAGUCUUAAGUUAUAACCUUUUGA